UUAACAUUUUCUAAAAUAAACUGGUUUAAUAUUGCAUAUAAUUCUUAGCCAAAAAAUUUUAAUUUCAUAUUUGUAUUUUUUUUUUUUUUUACAAAAAUGUAUUCUAUUCAUUUAUUUACAUUCCUAUUAAUCAUCAUAACGCUAACAUCAGGAUAUGUCAUUAAGCAUUCAAAAAACAAUGAUUUCAUGUCAGUAACUACAGAUUUACCUAACACCACGCUGUCAGAAUAUAUGGAUCAUUCUAGGGGCGAUGAAAAACUAUCGAAAGUAACACCAAAUACUACAAAUGAAUCUUUUACCAAAACUUCAACAAUAUAUGCAGUCAGUAACUAUAUAAGUUACUUAUUCAAUAAAUACUUUAGUCACUGCAAUUGUAUGCCUCAAUCAACAACUGUAGUAGGAUCUUCAACUACAAAACCUGCAGACAUCUCUACUCAAUCAAUGACCACAACUAGUAUUACACAUGAUCCUCAGUCAACAACUGUAAUAGGAUCUUCAACUACAAAAUCUGUUGACAUCUCUACUCAAUCUCUAACCACAACUAAUAUUACAAAUGUUCCUCAAUCAACAACUGUAGCUGUAUCUUCAACUACAAAAUCUGUUGACAUCUCUACUCAAUCUAUGACCACAACUAAUAUUACAAAUGUUCCUCAAUCAACAACUAUAGCAGGAUCUUCAACUACAAAACCUGCAGACAUCUCUACUCAAUCUAUGACCACAACUAGUAUUACAGAUGUGCCUCAAUCAACAACUGUAGUAGUAUCUUCAACUACAAAAUCUGUUGACAUCUCUACUCAAUCUAUGACCACAACUAAUAUUACAGGUGUGCCUCAAUCAACAACUGUAGCUGGUUCUUCAACUACAAAACCUGCAGACAUCUCUUCUAAAUCUAUGAUCCCCACUGGUAGUGCAGAUGAGCCUCAAUCAACAACUAUAGCAGGAUCUUCAAAUACAAAAUCUGUUGACAUCUCUACUCAAUCUAUGACCACAACUAAUAUUACAAAUGUUCCUCAAUCAACAACUGUAGUAGGAUCUUCAACUACAAAACCUGCAGACAUCUCUACUCAAUCUAUGACCACAACUAGUAUUACAGAUGUGCCUCAAUCAACAACUGUAGUAGUAUCUUCAACUACAAAAUCUGUUGACAUCUCUACUCAAUCUAUGACCACAACUAAUAUUACAGGUGUGCCUCAAUCAACAACUGUAGCUGGUUCUUCAACUACAAAACCUGCAGACAUCUCUACUCAAUCUAUGACCACAACUAAUAUUACAAAUGUUCCUCAAUCAACAACUGUAGUAGGAUCUUCAACUACAAAAUCUGUUGACAUCUCUACUCAAUCUAUGACCACAACUAAUAUUACAAAUGUUCCUCAAUCAACAACUAUAGCAGGAUCUUCAACUACAAAACCUGCAGACAUCUCUAUUCAAUCUAUGACCACAACUAGUAUUACAGAUGUGCCUCAAUCAACAACUGUAGUAGUAUCUUCAACUACAAAAUCUGUUGACAUCUCUACUCAAUCUAUGACCACAACUAAUAUUACAGGUGUGCCUCAAUCAACAACUGUAGCUGGUUCUUCAACUACAAAACCUGCAGACAUCUCUACUCAAUCUAUGACCACAACUAAUAUUACAAAUGUUCCUCAAUCAACAACUGUAGUAGGAUCUUCAACUACAAAAUCUGUUGACAUCUCUACUCAAUCUAUGAUCCCCACUGGUAGUGCAGAUGAGCCUCAAUCAACAACUAUAGCAGGAUCUUCAAAUACAAAAUCUGUUGACAUCUCUACUCAAUCUAUGACCACAACUAAUAUUACAAAUGUUCCUCAAUCAACAACUGUAGUAGGAUCUUCAACUACAAAACCUGCAGACAUCUCUACUCAAUCUAUGACCACAACUAGUAUUACAGAUGUGCCUCAAUCAACAACUGUAGUAGUAUCUUCAACUACAAAAUCUGUUGACAUCUCUACUCAAUCUAUGACCACAACUAAUAUUACAGGUGUGCCUCAAUCAACAACUGUAGCUGGUUCUUCAACUACAAAACCUGCAGAUAUCUCUUCUAAAUCUAUGAUCCCCACUGGUAGUGCAGAUGAGCCUCAAUCAACAACUAUAGCAGGAUCUUCAAAUACAAAAUCUGUUGACAUCUCUACUCAAUCUAUGACCACAACUAAUAUUACAAAUGUGCAUCAAUCAACAACUGUAGCUGAAUCUUCAACUAUAAAAUCUGCAGACAUCUCUACUCAAUCUAUGACCAAAAUCACUAGUUCCGAUGAUGAAAUGUAUAAAAUGUAUACUUGUGUUAGACUAAACUUGCAGCUCUAA